AUGUUUUAUAUUUGCAUUUGGACAAGCCUCAUUCAUGACGUAAUCGUGAACACCGCCUUGCACAAGCCACACGGCGACUUCCCCCCGCAGAUCCCCAGGCACAGCUUCUCCGACUCUCCGCGCGUUGUCAAGCCCAUAAUAUCCAUUAUGUGGAACGACGAAGAUAACAACCCCUAUGGGGCCUUUGAUCAACAUCAGUCACACCUAUCUGACUCUCUGCACUCAGCCGCGCUUUCCCCUCAGCUUUAUGGACAAGAUUCAACUCCUCCCUCCAGCCGCGAGUCUAGCAAUGAACCUCCUGAUUAUAUUACUCAUCCCGAAGACCUGAGCGAUCCCGAGGAUGAGGCCGAAUAUGGCGCCGCAAGUCAACAAUACCCCCGGAAGAGUGUUUACGAUAGCCGGAUCGAGCAGAUUCUUUAUGAAAAUCCGGAGAUGCCAAUCUUGAUCACAGAUGCCGGCAAGAAUCAUGAAGGCGGUGGUGGCUUUAUCGUCUACACUAUCCGGACUGCGGACCUGGAAGUGCGUCGACGAUAUUCCGAGUUUGCAUCUUUGCGACAGACCCUCGUCAAUCUGCAUCCUACCUUGAUCAUUCCGCCGAUUCCCGAGAAACAUAGUAUGGCGGAUUAUGCGGCUAAGCCUACCAAGGCCAAAGAAGAUACAGCCAUUAUCGAUCUCCGGAAACGCAUGCUCAGUGUCUUCCUAAACCGCUGUAGACGUAUGAAGGAGGUCCGCGAGGAUGGAGUGUGGUGGAGGUUCCUUGAUCCCAACGUUAGCUGGAGCGAGGUCUUGAGUUCUCAUCCAGCAUCAUCUGUUCCAAAGAACAACUUGAAAGCCCCACCUCUUGACCCUGCAAACCCGACACCGGCCCAUGGUUGGCUACCGAUUCCAUCUACUUCCGCAAAGCUCAAGACCAGCAGUGGAAUGGCUUCAUCAUCCGGAGGUGCAGCAUCGCCGACAUCGCCUAGUGAGCCCGAACCACAGUCAUUCCCUGGACCAGAAAUUCUUGGGCGAUUCCCUCCCGAGUCACGCAAGCUCAAUGAGCAAGAGCUAGACCCCUACUUUAUUAAUUUUGAGGCGUCUACGCGGGAGCUAGAACUACUAUUGCAGGGAAACAUUGAAAAGGUCAAUCGACGGACUUUAUCUCACUUGUCCUCUCUUUCGGCCGAUCUGAUGGAAUUGGGAGCCCGCUAUAAUGGAUUCUCCCUUUCUGAACAAUCGCCUACAGUGGCCGCCGCUAUUGAGCGAAUCGGCCAGGCCGCGGAUACAUCUUAUAUUGAAACCGAAGAAUUAUCGUCGGCUUUGAGCGCAAGCUUUGCCGAGCCUAUGCGGGAGAGCGCGCAAUUUGCCAGCGUGGUUCGUGGAGUUCUACGAUACCGUGUGCUCAAGCGGGUGCAACAGGAAAUGACCCGCGAUGAGUUGUCCAAGAAGAAAACAUUAUUGGACUCACUUGAGCGAAGCGAACUGGAGGCCAAGCGCAUUGAACAAUACCUCAACCGCACAACGCCUCAAUCAGGAGGCACCAAGCCCCGUUCUUUAUCGACAUCAUCCGCUGUCAGCAGCGAAGGCACUGGUCCCGAUAUCUCAGCUAAUUCAGAAUUCCCGCCCACCCACGAUGAUUCAUACAGCUCGCCGCCUGCGUCGCAUGUCACAAGCGCCAAGAAGUCUGACUCAUCAUCCCCAGCCCAUCGCAAGACGUCAAGCGGGACCUUUGUGGCAAACAAAAUAUUCGGUCGCAUUAGCCAUGCGAUUCAUGGGUUUGCAGAUGUGGACCCAGAACGCACACGUCGUGACCAGAUUGGAAAGACAAAAGAAAGUUUGAUUCAGUUGGAGCAAGCGUUAGAGGUUUCCGAAAAGGAUGUCAAGGACGCUAGUGUAGGAGUGCUGCAGGACCUCAAACGCUUCCAGAAGGACAAGGAAGCUGAUCUCCGACGGUACAUGGUCGCAUAUGCUCGUUGCCACUUGGACUGGGCACGGAAGAAUCUGGAGACUUGGACCGAGGCCAAGGAUGAGGUGGACAAGAUCGUGGCUCGUUAG